AAGAGAAACAACAUGGCGGACCCUUUGUAUUGUGUAUGUAGACAACCGUACGACCCGACUCAGUUUAUGAUCCAGUGCGAUUCUUGCGAAGAAUGGUAUCACGGAAGUUGUGUUGGUAUUGAAGAGCAUCAAGCUUCAGACAUCGAGCGGUACCACUGCCCGGAUUGUGCGUUACUACACGGGCCACUAACCCUGAAGAAAAGACGCAAUUGGCAUCGUCAUGACUAUAGUGAAAUAGAUGAUGGGUCAAAGGCCAUCCAAGCAGGGACAGUUGCAUUUAUCAAGGAGCUAAAAACCAGAAAAUUCAAGGAGGAUAAUGUUAUUCUGAAGUUUGAAAAUGGCACAGAUCUGUCUACAGAGUUUUUUGAGACACAUGGUUUUAACAGGCCUAUCCUUGUUACCAAUAAAGAAGGUUUGGGAAUGGUUAUACCGGACAAAAAAUUUACUGUCAUGGAUGUUGAGAGACAUGUUGGUUCUAUGAGGGAAUUAGAUGUCAUUGAUGUCUGCAGACAGGAGGAUCAUCGUAUGCGCAUGCGAGAAUGGACCGAGUAUUACGUUAGUCCUACCAAGAAAAAGAUUUUGAAUGUUAUUAGUUUGGAGUUCUCUAAUACAAGUUUGUCAUCCCUUGUUCAUGCUCCAGCCAUUGUGCGAGAUAUUGAUUGGGCCAGUCAUGUGUGGCCAACAGAUCUUCCUGAUGACAGCCCACACAAGAAGCCUUUGGUACAGAAAUACUGUUUAAUGGGUGUGAAGAACUCAUACACAGAUUUCCAUGUUGACUUUGGAGGCACCUCAGUGUGGUAUCAUGUUUUGAAGGGUGAAAAAGUGUUUUACUUUGUUGAACCCAAUGAAGAAAAUUUCACCAAGUAUGAAAAAUGGGUUUCCUCUGCUCGGCAAAGCGAGGUGUUCUUUGGUGAUAUGGUGAAGAACUGCUACAAGUGUUCAGUAAAACCAGGCCAAACCAUGUUUAUCCCAACAGGCUGGGUUCAUGCAGUAUUUACACCAGUUGAUUCACUGGUGUUUGGAGGGAACUUUCUCUGUACUUACAACACUGAACUUCAGCUGAGGGUUUAUAAACUUGAAAGACAACUCAAGACUCCUGAUAAAUUCCUUCAUCCGUGUUUUGAGACGAUAAACUGGUAUGCUGCCGUGUAUUUACUCGAUAAGAUAAAAGCCGUCCAUGAAGCAGGCAGAAAACCGCCCAUCAGUGUAAUACAGAGUUUAAACAGCCUCGUCGCAGUACUCAAGGAGUGGAGCGCUAAAGGAGAGGCGUUCACGAAGCUUCACAAAUUCUUCAUUCCCGACAGUGUAUCGCCCAGCAAGCUCAUCAAGUCUAUUGUUAAAGAACUUAAAAAGACCGAGAAAUCGGGAAAAACUUCAAGGCCCUCAACCCCUAAAAUCGACGAGAACUGUCAACAGGGAAGUGGGAGUCCAGUGGCUGCGCCGUUGGUUGACGGGUCUGUGCCGCGCCUAAAAAUCAAAGCUCCCAAACCAGAGAACUACAAUGUCUGCAAUUCGAAAAAUGCCGGGGAAUAUUUAAAAUGUGAGCUGGAUGACAGUAAACCCGUGAUAAGAAUAGCAAACACUGGAUUAGAUUUAAAAAGAAAAGCUGAUCCACUUUCAACAAGUCUUCCCUCGCUCAAGCUGAAGAUUCCACGAACGCAGGAACCACUGGCACGCGAAAUGGAGUCGAAUGGCGACAAAGCGCAGCUCGGUGCCUCAGUGGACUCUGGGCUGAAGCUUGUUGUAUCGAAUGGAAAAAUUAUCAAUAAUAACAAUCGCAACAGUAGAAAAAUGGCAGGUAAAAAAUUCCAGCCGCUGUCGCAAGAGGUGUCUGACCGAAGCGAUAUCCCGGAUGGUUCAUAUUCCUGUUCUCCGUCCAAGCAAGGACCACUGCGGCUGAAACUGUCCAUGAACAACAUGCCCAACAAGAACGCCCCUUCCUACCCCACCCACACGACAGAGAGUAGCAGCGACACCUCAGAUAAUGAACUUAACUUCAGUCUCGGGGGAACUCCCAGCUUCGUCCCUGCACAGUUAAGAACGACACAUGGAAGCCUGGCGACCACUUUUGGGCUCCAGGCCACCGGAUCAGUUCCCCGAACUCAACAACCUGUGGCCGGUUUGGACUGGACUUCGGCAACUGAUCUUAAGGAGGAAAUAGAAGCGGCCAAAACCCUCUUGUUCGGUCUCAGUGCUGGCGCUGGUGUCAGUUCACUCGGAUCUUCAUCCGCCCAAUCUAUCCCCAGUACCGCACGAAAAUCAGCUAGUGCCCAGUCUUCGCAUUCCACUGUAGCACACAGUACUUCCAAGUUGAACUCCAAGCGAGCGGGAGGCGAGAGUAACUCGGAGGGCGAAGACGAAGAUCUUGGAUUUGGAGACCCAGAAUAUUUCCAUGACAGUAAAUACGUAUAUCCACCGCUCGCUGAGAUGACAGAGGAAGACAAAAAUAAUUCAUGGAAGCCCGGCCAACGAAAGAAAAAGAGCGAAAAAGUUGACUCGACGUGGAAUCCGAAAAGUAAACUGCAUUGUUCGCCAUCGCGGGAAGAGAGGCCAGUUCGUCCGAAAUCCAGACGAACUACCACCGGUAGUUUGCUGAAUUCACCAGUAGAAGAAAGCGCUCCUGAGGGACCUUCUCCUUCCGUUGGAAGUGCCAAGGGAAGUGACCGAGGAAGCUCAAGCGGAAAUAAUUCAGGAGCGCUCAACGGAAGUGAAAAAGGCUCAGUACCAGAUCCAACACCGAGCAAUUCAAAACCUGAUAGCAACGCAAAAGUCCCGGGUAAAAGAGGACGUCAAAAGGCUGUAACCACGACAAAACAGCGUCUUGCGAAAAUUCUUAAGCUUGACAAGAGUGGAAGAUAUAUGAGAUAAAGGCGAGUGCAGGGCAUGGAAAAAAACAACUAACGUUUCUUUCGGGGGAAAAAUAAAUGGCCAGAAGCUUUGAUAUUUAAGUUUUCAUUGUAUCGCUUUCAUCAGUAACAAUAUUGCACGGCAUUAAGAGAAAUUUUUUCGGUUUUUUUUUUCCUGAGAAACUUUAGUUUUUACAUAUUCAAAGUAUUGUUGAAAUGUUGUUGAAGUGUAAUUUGAAAAGCAAUGACAAAAAGAUUCCCUAAAUUACUUUAUAAUUCUACUGAGUACUUCGUUCUUUAGUACUUUAAGGGGAUUACUUUCCUCUUUUCAAAACUAAAAAGAGGCGGUCAGAAAAUCGGGUAAUUCUGGUUUUUGGUGUAGUUGUUUAACGUACAAGUUGUCUAAUUUCUCUCACGGCAAGUACUUCAACAAAACGAAUUAGUUAAAUUAUCAAUUACAGAAAAAAAAAUUGGGAAAAGCUUUGUAAAUAGAGUUUGGGCUGUAUCGCAGGCAAGAUUUGCGUAUUUUUGAGAUUUGUAACAUUGCAUUGUCAAAUUUCUUAAAUUUGAAAUUAGCAGUAACGUACACUAAUGAUAGAGAAAUUGCAAACUUUCUUGAAUUAGUUUAUUUUUGUUUCGGAAAAAAUAACUCAACAUAUUUUUAGUGGUCUCCGUUCCAGCUUUCUUUUUGGAAAUGUCAUGCAGAGCGACUUUAGGGCGAGUGUUGCGUGACAUCCAAGAGAGCGGUUGCUACAGUAACCCCAAUUCCCUUAUUCCAUUAACUCUUUCACUCUGAAGAGUGACCAAAACGGAAUUUUCCUUCGAAGGAUUGAAACAUUUACAAGCAGUAAGGUGAUAAGAAGAAAAAGAAAAUACCAACCAGUGUAUAUCUCUUGAUUUGAUAACAAAUUUUCAGAGCUGAAACCAUGGUUAUUUAGAUCUUGGGAGUGACAGGGUUUUAAAGUUUAACCCUCCAACUCCUAGGAUUGAUAAGGUUCUAAUUUUUCUCAACAGAAUAACCUCGAUUAAAGUCAUUGGCUAAGCGCUUUUCAAAGUGUACCUUGUACUUACAUCGCGCUGAACGAGACCUUGACUAAUGGCUUAGUGUAGCAAUUCUGCGCAUGGUGUCUAAAACUGUUUAAUUAAUGCUUACAAGAUAGAUUUGAAAUUUUCCCGCCAAUUAUUUUGUACUACGCCUUUGAAAACUUGAUUUCACGUUUUGAAUUUCUGUAGUGGUUUCCAGCCUUUAACAAUUUACAAACAAAAUAAGAAAUUUUAAGAAAGAUGUGUAUUUAAAUUGUAUUUAUGGCAUAUUUAUAGACCUGUUCGCAGUCUUGCUUGACUGUGUGUGUUCAAUAAACAUUUUUUUAAUGA